AUGACAGACAACGUCGACGGGAGCAGACCACGCUACUCUGUUCCAACAAAACAGGAGAUUUGUAUUCCGGAAACAUUCCUAAAAAAACAAAAAGCCCAUGAAAAAAAUGAAGCCGAACAAGCAGAAAUCAAGGCUGCUAAAAAGAAGGCAAGGGCCCUUAAUCGCAACCUUAUAUCAAAAAAAGCGGAAAGUUACGUCCGAGAAUACCGACAACGAGAACGAGACGAAAUUCGCUUACGAAGACAAGCUAAAAGCACAGGCAACAUUUACAUUCCUGCCGAUCCAAAACUGUUAUUUGUUGUACGGAUACGAGGCAUCAACGACGUGCACCCAAAAGUGAGCAAAAUAUUGCAACUGUUUCGACUCGUUCAUUUGAACAAUGGCGUGUUUGUUCGUCUCAACAAAGCAACCGCCAAUAUGCUCAAAAUCAUUGAGCCUUAUAUCACCUUCGGUCCACCCAACUUGAAAACGAUACGCACAUUGAUAUAUAAACGUGGAUUUGUCAACGUCGAUUGUCAACGCAUCCCUAUUACGGAUAAUGACGUUAUACAAAACAAUAUGGGAAACUUGGAUGUGAUUUGUGUCGAGGAUGUCAUUCAUGAGAUCUACACAGUCGGCGAUCAUUUUAAACAAGUCAACAGGUUCUUGUGGCCGUUUAAGCUUAAUAAUCCAACUGGGUCUUGGAGUAAACGAAAGUUUAAACAUUACGUAGAAGGAGGUGACGCUGGGGAUCGUGAAGCCGAUAUCAAUCGACUCGUACAGUCCAUGGUAUAG